AUGAAUUGUCUUCGAAUUGCAGCUAUUCUGCUAACUUUAGCGUUUGAUCAUGUUUCAACGCAAGAUCACUUUAGGUCCAUUUUAAUCCAGAGAGCUUGUGCCCGAAGGCCAAGCUUAGACUUCUGUUCUGAUUUCAAAAUUGUUCCCCCACCCGUGCCUUCGAAGGACACCAAAGAAACCGUAUUAGUGAUACCACCGCAACUGGCAACUGCACCUAAAAGUACCGAAGCCAAAGAGAAACUCGAAGAAAAAUUUGUGGGAACUCAUGAGGUUGCUGAGCCUGCAGUGCCUAGUCAUGCGAUUCCAGAAACAGUUGACAUCAAGCACACUGAAGAACCUACUACAGAAAUAAAAGGAAAUCUAGUUCGAUUGCCUAAACCAUCAUCAACCCUGCCUAAAACUGAAUCGUCAAAUAGUGAAGAGAUAGUCGAACAUUCGAAGACAGAUGUUACAAGCAGAGAAGGAGCAGAGAAUAACAAUAAAACGCAAUCGGUUGUAGAAGAUAAGAAGUCUGUAUUAGUGUUUGUCAGUGAAUAUUGUGUCAUUGAAAGGGAACGAUUUGUUCGAAAUUGUCAUGGGGAGACGGUCUUGAAGACAGAGAUUCCAUUCUGUCAAACCUAUCCCAGUGCAUGUUCAGCUACCCCUGGAGUUAUUCCCGUAAUAUCGUAUUGCCAGAGAUAUUACCAUAAGUAUCCAAAGUACUGUACAGGAGCGAAUAUUAAUGAAACUUAUCUCCAAUUCUGUUAUGCAUUUGAGCAGUUCUGUCUGCCUGAACUAACACCAGCGCAGCCAGCUGAAAGUCCUGUUGUCUCUACAACAGCAACACCAAAGUCUUCAUUAAAGAGAUGUGAGGAUAUUGUGGAUGAAGCCCGAAAGGUAUGCAAUCCUUUCCCUAACCCUCGCGACACUUUCAAUGUUAUUCGUUGCUCUCAAUUUUUAACGAAUUGCAAGAAAUUUGUGGACUGGGCCUAA